AUGUCGGGCUGGGACGCUUAUAUCAACACUAUGACUGAGGCGUCACCUGCCAUUAAGCGUGCUGCUAUCGUCGGUAGCGCUGACGGCUCUGUUUGGGCUCGCACUCAGAAUGGAAAUACGUUCGCGGCUACGGAUGCUGAACUUAAGAAAUUCGUCUCCCUCUUUGACAAUCUCGCUGACGUUCCAGCUCACGGUGUAGAUCUCGAAGACAUCCAUUACAUCGUCCCUCGUACGGAGGAGAAUCUUAUAUUUGGUAAGAAGGACAAAAGCGGAUUCUUUGCAGCGAAGACGAAAUCUGCUGUUCUUAUCGCUGUUUAUGAGGGUGAGAAUCAAGUAUCUGCACAAGUGCGCACCUCCGUUGAGAAGCUCGCCAAAUAUCUAGAAGAGAUUGGCUAUUAG